UGUAUUUGCCUUGACCAAGCUGGCCGGCAGGACUUUAGCUAUUGCAGUGUUUUAGAGGACGUGUCAGUUGUUGUCUUCCUUUUUCACGGGGCCUCUCUGUUGCCCAUAUAUGGCUGGUUGUUGUCGAGGUUGUGUGUCCGACGUAGUGCGACUGACUGCGCAAUACAAGCUCUAACCCAAGAUAAAGUCUCAGCUAUGAAGUAACACGGACAAAUCUCACGACACAACAAAAUUGGCGACGAGGACGAGAUAAAGAAAUCAAAAAGUGAGAUCAAGCUGAGAUAAAAUGAAUAAGAGCUAAAAGGAGAUUAAAGGAAUGUCACAAGUGCGCAACAAUUGUCGCAAGGAAAGAAAAGCUGAAUUUCGAUGCAAAUGAAGAUAUAAGGAGUUGUUAAAAAGGAAAGAAAGUGAAAAAGAAACCAGAAAAACAAGUGAAAGUGGUUAAAUUUCGUAUUUGAACUCUCAAAAAGAAAUUAAAAUGGCUACGAGUCUGCCACCGCCACCGGGUAUGCAAAAAGGUGAGGAUUUUGGUAAAUGGAUCAAAUCAGUUGAAAUUUACAUGGGUGCUCAAAAUAUUGAAUCAUCUGCUCAAAAAGUGAACAUCGUGCUACAUCUUCUUGGCCCGGAUGUACAAGAAAUUGUUGAUACGCUGCCUGAUAUAGCUGAUGUAACUGACCCAUACGUCAAACUGAGAGCACAAUUGGAAAAGCAUUUCAAGCCUCAAGUGAACACGGUGGUGGAGCGUCAUGUCUUCAACAUGAUGCAAUAUGAAGGAGGUAGGGUAGAGGAGUAUGUAGCUAAACUGAAAACGCAAGCAAGGAAAUGCAAUUUUGAAGCUUCGGAAAUGGACAAUCUGAUCAGGGACAAGCUCUUAGCAACGUGCCCAUCCUCCAAGGUCAAGGAGUCAAUGCUCAAGGAAAGAGUGCUGACCCUAUCGCGUGCCAUUAUGAUAUGGUCAACUGACGCAACAGUGAAUGAACAAGUAAGAAGAAUGGGAAAAAGUGCAGAAGAAGAAGCAGUGAACAAGGUGAAGUGGCAUAACAAAGAAAGAAAUGAAUCACUGAAGGAAAGAAGGAAACCAUGGAAUGUAAAUGAAAGAAAGAGCCAUGAAGAUAAGAGGCCAUGGAAAAAUGCAAAUGGUCAAGGGAAGACAUGGAAAAAUGAAAACACUGAAAGGAGACAUUGCUUCAGGUGUGGGAAAACGAACCACCUGAUCAAGUUCUGCAGGGUACCACCCCACGUCAGAUGCCACAACUGUGGGAAACAAGGACAUCUGGAAGCAGCGUGCAGAAAUGGAAAAACGCUGAAUGUGGAAAAAGAAGACCAAGAUGAUGAAGUUGAAGAAAAUCUGUGUGUGUACCAAAGCACAUCAAAAGGGAAGGAAGCCAUCAAAGUGAACAUGGCUGUCAACGAGAAGAACGUUACGUUCAUUGUGGACACAGGCUGUCCGGUAACCAUGAUUCCAGAAGCGCAGGCUGAAAGCCUCAACUUGAAGAAUACCAGAUGUAAGCUCACAUCGUACACAGGACAUGAAAUACCUGUCAGAGGAAUGACAGAAGUGGAUGUGCAGUACGAAGGUCAAAUGAAGAAGAAGAUGCCAGUAUAUGUAGUGGGAGGAAAUGGUCCAUGCCUCCUCGGAAGGAACUGGCUGCAUGAAAUCAAGCUGAACUGGUCAAGUCUGGUUGGUCACGUGAAAGAAAAACCUGAACCACAAAAGAAUAUGAAGAAGCUGAGUGCAGUGCUGAAGGAACAUGAAGAACUCUUCAGUGAUGAACUGGGAACAAUGAGUGGUCAGGAAGCUGAUCUGGAACUGAAGAAAGACGCAGAGCCCGUCUUCAAACCAGCAAGGUCAGUACCUUACAGUCUGACUGAUGCAGUGGAAAAGGAGUUGGAAAGAUGGAAGACGCUGGGAGUAAUCGAAGAUCUCCGAGAUGAUGAACCGACGCCGAAGUGGGCAACACCACUGGUUGUGGUGCCCAAACCAGAUGGAAGCGUACGCCUCUGUGGCGACUUCAAAGUGACGCUGAACCAGUACCUGAACGUACCGGUACAUCCUCUGCCGAAGACCGAAGACUUGCUGGCAACCAUCGGACCUGCGAAGUUCAUAUCUGUGGUGGAUCUGUCGCAAGCCUAUCUGCAAAUGAAGUUGUCAAAAGAAAGUCAGGAACUGUGCUACCUGAACACGCCGUUCGGACUGAAACGGAUGCUGAGGCUCCCCUAUGGAGUCGCGUCAGCUCCAAUGCUCUUUCAGAGAGCGAUGGACCGAAUCUUGAAGAAAGUACCAGGUGUCAAAUGUCUGCUGGACGACAUCCUCAUCACAGGAAAAACUGAAGAAGAAGCCUUGAAGCGGCUGGAUGAAGUGCUGCAGAUCCUGAAAACAAACGGUCUGCGCCUCAAGAAGGAAAAGUGUCAGUUCAUGGCGAAGGAAGUUCGCUAUCUGGGAGUGCGAUUGGGUGCAAACGGAAUCCGACCUGAUCCCGAGCGAGUGAAGCCGGUGCUGGAGGCAAACGCGCCAACAAAUCAAAGAGAACUACGUGAGUUCUUGGGAGCUGUAACGUUUUACAGCAAGUUCCUGGAAAAUCUGUCGAAGAUGGCGAAACCACUAAAUGAACUCCUGAAGAAGGACAAAGAAUGGAAGUGGUCAAAGAAUUGUGAAGAAAGUUUCACGAGAAUCAGAGCCCGCCUGGCAUCUGCUGAAGUGCUCCGACACUUUGACGUGAAGGAACAGGUGACUGUCAUCACCGAUGCCAGUCCACAUGGUCUGGGGGCAGUCCUGGUGCAGGGUGUUCCCGAAAGACCUGUGCUGUACGUGUCAAGAUCACUCAGUGAACAUGAAAAGAAGUACUCACAAAUCGAAAAAGAAGGACUCUGCAUCGUUUGGGCAUUCGAAAGGCUGAAGCAGUUUCUGUACGGACGUCACUUCAAACUCGUGACCGAUAACAAGCCACUGGCUCAGGUGAUCGGUCCCAAAACGCCACUGCCAACGUUAGCAGCAAGCCGAAUUCAGAGAUGGACGAUGAAAAUGGCAGAGUACGACUUCACCGUGGAAGUCAGGAGGUCUGAACAGAUACCGGUAGCAGACUGGCUAUCGCGUCUACCAAAAGGAACCUCCGUGAUGAAUUCAAGUGCACCAGAAGAUGAAUGCACCGUGUGCCUGAUUGGCCAGUUGAGUUCUCUCAACCCAGUCACUGCUGCAGCGAUCCAGCGUGAGACGGCAAGAGACCCGCUGCUCGCAAAAGUGGUCAACUUCGUAAACAAAGGAUGGCCAGACAAAGUCGGAGAAGCUCUACAUGCGUUCAAGGUCAGACAAACAGAGCUGACGGUGGAGCAAGGAUGCCUAAUAUGGGGCUGUCGAGUGGUAGUUCCACCGAAUCUGAGGGAAAGAGUUCUUGAAGAACUACAUGAAGGUCAUCAAGGAAUGGUCAGAAUGAAGCAGCUGGCCAGGAUGCACGUCUGGUGGCCAAACAUGGACAAAGAAGUUGAAGCAGAAGUGCGAAGAUGCCAAGGAUGCUGGCAAAAGAGAGCUGAACCACCAUGUUCGGACCUGCAUCCAUGGGAGUUUGCAAAGGGUCCGUGGCAGCGAAUCCAUCUGGAUUUCGCUGGCCCAGUUGAUGGGAAACUGUACGUUGUCCUCAUCGACAGUUUCUCGAAGUGGAUGGAAAUCGCUCCAAUGAAGCACAUCACAUCAGAAAAGACUAUCGAGCAUCUCCUGAAUGUGUUUGCACGUUUUGGCCUACCUCACCAAAUCGUCACAGACAAUGGACCGCAACUCGUGAGCAAGGAAUUCGAAGGAUUCUUGAAGCGGAAUGGAAUUCGGCAUGUCCGAACCGCACCGUUCAAACCCGCAACGAACGGAGCAGCAGAGCGAGCUGUUGGCUGUCUCAAGGGCUACCUGAAGGCCACAAGUGGAAAGAAGAUGAACCUGCCAAACUUCCUGAUGGCGUAUCGAAACACUCCACAGGCUACUACAGGAAGAACGCCCUCCGAACUGAUGUUGGGACGACAGCUACGUACGAGGCUAGAUCUUCUGAAGCCUGAUCUGACCUCUCAAAUCCAGAACAAGCAGCAAACGCAAGUCGAGCUACGUCAUGGUCAGCCUCGACAGGUUGCCAUCGGUGACGCGGUCCUCGCCCGAGACUACCGCGGUCGCGGAAAAUGGGCGGAGGGAGAGGUGAUGGAUGUGGUAGGGACCAAGCACUACCUGGUUCAGGUACAUGACCAGGUCUGGAAGCGCCACAUCGACCAGUUGCUGACAAUCCCAAUGGCGUCUCCUCGUCAUCCGCGUCCGGCUAUGCAAGAAGACGACGACGAAGGCAUCCGACGGGAAAUCGUUGUUCCGGAGACGGCCCGCCCUGAGUCGCUGUCUGCAGAGCAGGAACCGUUGUCAUCUCCCCCGGAAGCUCAACAAGAACCAGCACGCGAGCCGACGCCCGUGCGCGAAGGAGCUGCUGCUGAACAGGCCGCUGACUCGCCCAGACGUCCAGCGCCGCUAUCAACCCGACAGCCGGCGCCGGAGCCUGAAGUGAUGCUGAGGCGCUCCACCCGGACACGGGUACCAGUGAAACGUCUCAACCUGUAGCCGAAGCUUAUGUAGAUGUAUGUAUGUGAUCUGUGUGCUGGCUUCUAAAAAAUGGUUUGUGUCAAUUCAAAAGCUGGAGCUUAAUUUAGUGGGGAGGAGUGUUGUGUAUUUGCCUUGACCAAGCUGGCCGGCAGGACUUUAGCUAUUGCAGUGUUUUAGAGGACGUGUCAGUUGUUGUCUUCCUUUUUCACGGGGCCUCUCUGUUGCCCAUAUAUGGCUGGUUGUUGU